GCCCAGCCCCCGAGCAUGGUCCAGGCCCGCGGGGGGCACUCCAGAGCACAGCCACCGGCCACCCUUCCCCUGAGGGCAGCCAUGACCCAGCUUCCACCUGACCAGGCGCCAGCCAAGAAGCACGUGCGCCUGCAGGAGAGGCGCGGCUCCAAUGUGGCUCUGAUGCUGGACGUGCGGUCCCUGGGGGCCGUGGAGCCCAUCUGCUCGGUGCGCACGCCCCAGGAGGUCACCUUGCACUUUCUGCGCACAGCCGGGCACCCCCUCACCCGCCAGGCCCUGCAGCACCAGCCACCCAGCCCCAAGCAGCUGGAAGAGGAAUUCUUGAAGAUCCCCUCAAACUUUGUCAGCCCUGAAGACCUGGAUAUUCCUGGCCAUGCCUCCAAGGACCGAUACAAGACCAUCUUGCCAAACCCCCAGAGCCGCGUCUGUCUGGGCCGGGCGCAGAGCCAGGAGGACGGAGAUUACAUCAACGCCAACUACAUCCGGGGAUACGGUGGGAAGGACAAAGCCUACAUCGCCACCCAGGGCCCUAUGCCCAACACCGUGUCAGACUUCUGGGAGAUGGUGUGGCAGGAGGAGACAUCCCUCAUCGUCAUGCUGACUCAGCUCCGAGAGGGCAAGGAGAAGUGUGUCCACUACUGGCCCACGGAGGAGGAGACCUACGGGCCCUUCCGCAUCCACGUCCAGGACGUGAGAGAGUGCCCAGAAUACACCGUGAGGCAGCUCACCAUCCAGCACCAGGAAGAGUGCCGGUCAGUGAAGCACAUCCUCUUCUCGGCCUGGCCUGACCACCAGACCCCGGAAUCGGCCGGGCCCCUGCUGCGCCUGGUGGCCGAGGUGGAGGACAGCCCAGAGACAGCUGCCAACACGGGGCCCAUCGUGGUCCACUGCAGCGCAGGGAUCGGCCGGACUGGCUGCUUCAUCGCCACCCGCAUCGGCUGCCAACAGCUGAAGGCCCUAGGGGAAGUGGACAUUCUGGGCAUUGUGUGCCAGCUGCGGCUGGACAGGGGGGGCAUGAUCCAGACCGCGGAGCAGUACCAGUUCCUGCACCACACCUUGGCCUUGUACGCCGCCCAGCUGCCAGAAGAGCCCAGUCCCUGA